UCUGGGGAGGGGGCGCCUCCGGGCUGCGGUCCCUCUGCAGAGGGCGGCUCGCUCCGGGUGCGACAGUGGCUUCCCGCCUGCCCAGGCGCCCGGCCCCGCGAACGCCCCCGUGACCCCAGCGUCGGCCAGGGACCCCGGCGCCUUCGGUUGAUCCGUAAAUAAAACAAAAAUCUAUCCAGUAAAGGGCUUUCAUGAAGAUAUUAAAGAGAGAAAUUACAAGUAAUAGAGAAUCUAAGUAUUUGUGUAACUGGAGAAACCACCUAAAACAACUGUAUGGAGUAGGACGAAAGGAGUGAAUACACCUGGAAGAAAUUUUACUCAGUAUAUUUUUGCCCACUUUUUUAUCAUAAAAGUCUGCUAAGGAAGAGAACAUAUACUUUUCUAAAGAAAAGGUGUAAUGUAAGAAUGGAGACCACAGUUUCUGAAAUUCAAGUAGAAAACAAGGAUGAGAAGAGAUUGGCAGAAGUUAGUCCUCAGGAGGAGAGGCAGGAGGAAAAAGCAUCAAUGCUUUGCUUCAAGAGAAGAAAGAAAGCAGCCAAAGCAAUGAAGCCCAAAGCUGGCUCUGAAACUGCUGAUGCAGCAAGGAAGUGCUCCCCAGAAGCAGGAGCUUCUGAUCAGCCACAGCCCCCAGGAGGGGCCUGGGCCUCAAUCAAACGCCUUGUAACACGCAGGAAAAGGUCAGAUUCUUCAAAGCAGCAAAAGUCCUUUGAGGCUGAGGUGCAACCUGAAAUCAAUGCUGAGGAUGCUGAUCCUUCUAAGAAAAAGGCAAAAUCCAGACUCAAGAUUCCCUGCAUAAAAUUCUCAAAAGGGGAGAAAAGGAAGCAUUCCAAAAUUAUAGAAGACUCAGACCGCAGCAUCAAAAUGCAGGCAGAGGCUGAGAGUUUGGAUACAAAAACUCUGACCCAGUCAGAUGACAAGGCAACAAAGACCAAGUCGACCCAGGAUAUAAGGGAAGAUGUCUCACAGAAAGAGGGUGAUGAGGUCUGUGAAUCAAAUGUGAACAACAGCAUAACUUCUGGAGAGAAAGUGAUUUUGGUAGAACUGGAGUUAGAUACGGGGCAUUCUGCUAUUCAAACAGGAACUCUAAUCCUUGAAAAAGAUAUUGAAACGAUUGAGGAAAAACAAAGCGUUCAACCUCAGCAAGCAAGCCCACUGGAAACUCCAGAUACAGAAUGUCAGCUUCCAGUAGUUUCUGAUGUUCCUCCCUCACCUGCACUCCCAGAUCAACAAAUUGUGGAAGGAGCCAGAAAUGAUACCCUAGAAAGUGGACCAAACUGGAAAGACCAUGAAAGUAGAGAGACUGUAACUGAGGAGAGUGAGCCAAAAGAUACUGAAUUGAGCCAGGAAUCAGAUUUUAAAGAAAAUGAGAUCACAGCAGAAAAACCCAAACCAGAAGAAAGCAAAAGAAUGGAGCCAAUUGCUAUUAUUAUCACAGACACCGAAAUCAGUGAAUUUGAUGUUCAGAAGUCUAAAAAUGUCCCUAAGCAGUUCUUAAUUUCAGUUGAAAAUGAGCAAGUAGGGGUUUUUGCUAAUGAUAGUGGUUUUGAGGGUAGAACUUCAGAACAAUAUGAAACACUCUUAAUAGAAACAGCUUCUUCUCUUGUCAAGAAUGCUAUCCAGUUGUCCAUAGAACAGCUGGUUAAUGAAAUGGCCUCUGAUGAUAAUACAAUAAACAAUCUUCUACAGUGAUUUAGUUUCUAGAUCAUGGGAGGAAGAAAAGCUUAACGGUGAAGUAUUUUACAUAUUUGUGGCAUUUCUUAUUCUGUAACAAAUGAGAGAAAUACCAUCUGUGGAAUUUAAAGGUACAAUUCCAGCCCAGAAGUGCUAAAGAAUUAAUCAAGUUACGAAACCCUCCCUACCACUGCCAUGAAGCCACUUCUGGAUUGGAGGAGGUCAGUACAGAGUGCAAUGCAAGGUGACAUCCAGGGAGUUGCUAAAAUGGCAUGUGGAGAUUAGGGUGCUUGAGGGAGGAUGUAUUUAUUGAGCACUUGUGGUAUACCAUAAGCUCUUUAAUAUCCUCUGAUGUCAUAAAGCCUGGUUCUGCUUGAUACAUCUGUGUAUAGGUGAAUAUUGCAUUCAGUUUUCAACAACCUUUUUUUUUUUUUUUACGGUGCACUUUUAUGUUGUUUAAAAUGGUGAAUAAGGUGAGCUAUUUUUGUAAAUGUGUGAUUUAUAGUUGUUACACUCCUAGGCAGUAGUCUUAACCCCCCCCCAAAUAUUGGAGGCCAAAAAAAAAAAAAAAUAUAUAUAUAUAUAUAUGUUGCUUGGUUAAACAUGAGUGAUAUUCUAGUCUUGCUCAGGUCCCUUACAAAAGCCACUCACAAAUUACUACAAACAGGCAAAUAAUUACCAAGUGCAAAGGUGGGGAAACGGGGAGUGCAUUUUCCCUCUCCAUCUUUCUUCUGCCCCAAACAGACCUGUGUAAAUCCAUUUAUGCAUGAGAUCAUCUGCUGAAAAGUCAAAAAAAACAAAAACAAAAACAAAAACAACAGCAACAAUAAAAACAAAAAGUAGAAUAUUAUCUUCCAUCCAGGAGAAGGCAAACUUCCCAAGUAACAAGUUAUCACGGAUAACAUAGGAUUCAUCUUACAGGAUUACAUCUCUAGAGACUAUUCACCAAUCUCUCCUCAAAGAGGAAAGUGUGGAUUCCAAGCCAGCCUGGCAGUAGAAAUCCUAGGAAAUCAUAAUGAUUUAGUGAAAAUAUUAGUCAUUCUUGGCCAAGAAUGAGCAAAGUACAUGGCUGAAUAGAAAGUGAAAAGUUAUUUCUAAAGAACAUUAUAUUUUAAAUGUCAAAAUUCUUUUAUUGUGCCUAUGGGUUGAGAGACACCAGUAAAAAACACUUUACCUGAAUAUUGAAAAGUAACUUUUUCAUCAGUAAUUUCAGUCCAGCUAAUCCUUUACCAAAAAGUGAACUUAAUAUAACAAGAAGGGCUUAUUUGCAUUUUAUUGUUAUUUAAGUAAUCGAUCUCAGUGAUUGCCAUAUUUUUUUGAAAAAGUAUUUGUUUCAGUCUUUCCUUGUGUGAAAUGGCCAUAAUACUGCAGCACAUUUCCUUACCUCACAGGUCAGGGUUCAUAUUGUAUAGUUCCCCACUGUCUAAACUGAGUGACAGUGUCACUCUGAAAGCAAAUGAAGUAAUGAAGAGCUUUCACUUGAGUUGUAAGGUUUUUGCUCAAGGUAUUUGCACAUUCGUGGAGAAAAGAAUGUACAUUAAAUGAUUUAAAUGACCUGGUGACUUCUUGCCAUUACGUGUGGAUUGCAUAUAGAAGGUAUGUGCUAAUUUGUUCCAUACAUCUUUGUUUCUUCCUGAAGUACAUAUUGAGACCUCUGGCAAAAGAACCUAAUCUGACUUUGGAACUGAACCAAAUAAUGAAUAUUAUUAGCAAGAUUCAAGAAUACAAAAGUAUUCUCCCAGAUUUUCCCACCUUCAUGCUUAUAACCUUAGGGGGCAAGGUACCCACCCAAAUCCUUCAAUUUAGCAAUUUAAAAUUGGAUCUUUCAAAACAUGAUUCAAGAAAUCAGUUUCUUUUAAUUCUAUAACUUUUAAACAUUUUUUUUUAAAAAAGACUGCUAAGUCAUCCUUCCUAAAAAUACUCCUUUUAAUUCACUAUAUGUGGUGCUAAUGGACUUGGACAGCUACCAGCAGCUACAUAUUUAAAAGUGAACAAUUUUUUAAAAACUGAUUAAAUUUGGUGCAUUUUACAGUGUUUUAAAGAAUCCUGCCUUCAUUUUCUGCAAUGAUGGCUCAAGCCAAUAUACUUGCAUUGUAAGUUUUUAGUAAUUUCUCAUGAAUGAGCAAAAAGUACAGCACUUACCAGUUACUGAAAAUAUUUUGAAAUGUUUAGGCAUAUUUAUUUGGGAGUUUUAAAAACAAAUGUGAGGUAAGUAUGUGUAAUGAAUUUUUAAAAGAAAGUAACAUUUUAUCUAACUAGUCCUAGGUUUCUAAUUUUUUUUUCCCACUGCGGUGUGAUACAUAUUUGCUUAGAAUGUAUUAUAAUUGAUUGUUUUUGUGAUGAAAUGUGUAGUCUAUUUGCAUUCAUUCUUAACUGGAUUCUCCUUGAUCUUUUCUAUUGAGAAUAUCUCGUGAAUUAAAUAAGUAGGAUUCCAGUUUGAAAAAGGAAUCCAGAAAUUGGUCUUAAUCUGAUUAUAUCUGCUACAUGGCCGAAUUCUACUGCAGUGAAUUCUAAGGUGAUCCAAAUUUUUUUGUUGUUAUAGAAAUAAUUAGGAAUCAGAUGACUUAGAAGCCACUCAUUUUUUUUUCAUUUUAAUGGUAUUUAUUUUAAGCACUUUGACCUUAUAUGCAAGAUAUUAAAUGAAUAUAGGUAGGUUCUUAUUCAAUUCACAUCCACUUGACAAUAUUAAAGUGAUCAUUUAAAAGCAACCUAAUAACACCACAUUAAUUUGCAUUUAAAUUUGCUGUGGUAUAAAUGCUGCUUUUAGUGAACAUUUAUUAAUUAGCUGGGAUUCAGUUUCUUUUUCAACUCAGAAUUUUACAAGGCAGGUUGGUUUAUCAGAUACUUGUUAAGUUUUUCAGCAUGUUAUCUUCUCUCUUUUAAGAGUCAAGGAUUAUUCAGUUAGCUUUACAACUAGUGAAUAUAAAAAUCCUCCUCUAUUUUAUGUAGCACUAUUCUCUUAACAUUUUCUCAAAGUACUUAAUAGGAUACAGAAAUAGUCCUUGGUAACAUUUAAAUACAGGUAGCAGAAAACAAAAGAACUUUCAAAGAGAAAUUAUGUUCCCUGCCACCUCCUCCACCUCAAAGAACAAUAAGCAUGGGGCACAAAUGGAGUUCUUCAGAAAAGCUGUCUGCAUAAUUUUCUUUCAAGGUAAUGUAUUUGACAGCACGAAGUUUGUGAUGCUCUUAAUUGGUCUACUACUUAGUGAAGUCAUAAACUCUGAUUUAUUUCUGAGAGAUUAUGUUAUUUCACCAGUAUGUGUGAAUGGCCUUCUUGCUAAAAGCUUUUAGAGAUAAUGGUUAUGAGAGGGUACCAGUCAGAUCUGGCUUCUGCAUGCAAUCCAAAGUUAACUUCAUCCAUAAAUUUCUAACUUCAAGUUGCCUUAUUUUUUAUAGUUAAGAAUUAAUUUGGGGGGGUUUACAGCAGAAUUUUUAACACAAUUGUUAGGCUUUAGAAUCCCAUUGUUUGAAAAUAUUUUUUAACAUCAACUUUAUUCAAAUGUGUAAAGUCUACUUUCUAAUUUCACCUAAUAAUAAUAAUCAGGGGUGAACUUUUUGCCUGCCAUUUCUGCAUUUUUUUAAAUCCUCAUUUAAGGUUUAGAGUUCUUUAGGUUCAAAUUCCUAUGAUGUUUUACUGUGUAACAUGGAGUUUCUUAUUAUAAAGAAUUCAAAAUUUCAAUAUACAGUACAUUUUGUUUGUUUUUGAAAACAGUUUUUUGUAAUCCUUACUUAGUUACAAAAGUUUAACAGAAGGAAACUACUUAAAUUUAAAUUCAAUUUAUUCAAUUUGUAUUGGGUAUGUAACACAUGCCAAAUACUGAAUAAAGGGGACAGGCUCCCUGCCCUCCAAGAGCUCAACUGAGGGAGCAGUAGCAACUGGAACUGGGGCAGACAUUAAGGCAAAGAACCACAGGUGAUGCAGCCUCGCGAGUACACUGGUGGGAGAACAGACGGUGAUUAAUUUUGUCUGGUGUGGGGCGAUGGCCAUAUAAAUACUGGGCAGUUUGAAAGUAUUCAGCUUCUAAAUAGUUAAACAGUGUAUUCCUUCUGACUUGUGAACAGGUGCAGAAAAAGGCCUGCAUAAUGUUACAUAUUUAUAGUAGUUCUUUGUAAAAAUGUUAAGUGGAUGAGUUAUCAUGAAAGCAAAAGUUCCAAUUUGUAUUUCUCAUUAAAAUUAGUACUAUAUUACUGUGGAUCAGAUGCAAAUAUUAAAGAAAUAAUACUCUGUAGAAAAAGAAAUUCAACCUGAAUUAAUAAAUGUACUGACUAUUAAUACAGAAUAAAUGUUCUACUGG